AUGGAUGAUGAUUUCUAUUCGGUAUUGCCUGAAAUAGGAAAUGCGAGUCCUGGAUAUUAUGUACCAGCAGCAGAUGCUACAACUCAAGUAACCGAAGAAGAUUUUAUUUUUCUCGAACCAAUCCAAGACUCGAGUACUCAAACUACAGAAGAAGAAUCUAUUCCUGUUUCAGCAGCAGAUGCAACAACUCAAGUAACUGAAGAAGAUUUUAUUUUUCUCGAACCAAUCCAAGACUCGAGUACUCAAACUACAGAAGAAGAAUCUAUUCCUGUUUCAGCAGCAGAUGCAACAACUCAAGUAACUGAAGAAGAUUUUAUUUUUCUCGAACCAAUCCAAGACUCGAGUACUCAAACUACAGAAGAAGAAUCUAUUCCUGUUUCAGCAGCAGAUGCAACAACUCAAGUAACUGAAGAAGAUUUUAUUUUUCUCGAACCAAUCCAAGACUCGAGUACUCAAACUACAGAAGAAGAAUCUAUUCCUGUUUCAGCAGCAGAUGCAACAACUCAAGUAACUGAAGAAGAUUUUAUUUUUCUCGAACCAAUCCAAGACUCGAGUACUCAAACUACAGAAGAAGAAUCUAUUCCUGUUUCAGCAGCAGAUGCAACAACUCAAGUAACUGAAGAAGAUUUUAUUUUUCUCGAACCAGUCCAAGACUCGAGUACUCAAACUACAGAAGAAGAAUCUAUUCCUGUUUCAGCAGCAGAUGCAACAACUCAAGUAACUGAAGAAGAUUUUAUUUUUCUCGAACCAGUCCAAGACUCGAGUACUCAAACUACAGAAGAAGAAUCUUUUCCUGUUUCACUAAUCACAGAAGCAAGUACGCAGACAACAGAUGAGGAUUUUAACCUUCUUACGCAGAAUAUCACUGAGAUAUGUGAAAAAAGAAGCCAUCCACCAAAAGACGUGCAUUUUACUGAAGAUUCGAACACGGUUUCACAGCUAACAGCUGGUAAUUCUCGAGAAAGAUUAAAGGAAGAGAAUAAAAUGAUUCCUUGGACUCAACAAUUUCGUCUUGAAAAGGACUCGACUGAUACAAAGCUAAAAGCCGUCUUCAUAUGUCGGAAAUGUCGACGAAGUUUCAAAAAUCAAUCGGUGUUGGACCUUCAUUUGCAGAAUCACAGUGAUCCAAAACCAUAUAAAUGUGAUAGAUGUCAUAAGGAAUAUCGCCUUGAAUAUAAUUUGACUGCCCAUUAUCGGGUUCAUACGGGUGAGAAACCUUUCAAGUGUGAUGUUUGCCCUUAUUCCACAUCACGAAAUCGCAAUCUCAAAAGGCAUCAUCAGAAUUCCCAUUCCAAAUAA